AUGCAAAAUUUUAGAAAUCAUAUUGAAAAUUUUUCAACCGAACUUUUACUUGAAAUAUUUGAUUAUCUUUCAAUAAAUGAUUGUUUCAAUGCAUUCUAUAAUCUUAACAAAAAAAUUAAUUCUGCUUUAUAUAUAUCCGGCUAUUCAAUUGAUUUAACAGUUAUCUCUCGACAAAAAUUUUACGAAUUUUAUCAAAAUAUUAUAUUCCCAAAUUAUUCUCAACAAAUACGAAAAAUAAAAAUAAGUAAUGAUUUAACUAUUGGUUUACUUGAUAAAUUUUUCAAUGAAUAUUAUCUUCAUGAUUUUAUACAACUUCGAUCAUUAACAUUAAUUAAACCAUCAUAUAUAAUCUUAGGUAGUAUUGCUUUAUUAAUACCUCAUCUUAAACAAUUGGAACAUAUAUCAAUUGAUUCAAAUUCAUAUCCAGAUAGUUUUUUUGAAAAAAUUACAACAAAAUCAUCAACAAUUAAAUCAUGUUAUUUACCAGGAUUACAAAUUCAAGAUAAUUUCACAUUCGAAUCAAAAAUUACAUAUCUUACAGUAACGGUUGAAGAUAUAACAAUACUUUGGAAUUUAUUAGCUAGAUUUUCUCAGUUGAAAUAUCUUAAUGUUUUUUUACGAUCAACUGUAGAUGCGAAUGAAGAAUGUUUACCGGAAUUAAAUGUAAUUUCGUGUAACAAUCUUCAAAUAUUUAAACUACAUAUUUUAGAACAAUCAAGUAUUGAAUUUAAUGAAAUUGAAUAUUUAUUUCAACGAAUAUUAUUUCCGGAUCUUAUAUCAUUUUCAUAUGAUUGUGUAACUAAUUCAUUAGAUCAUUUUAAUGUUACUCGAUGGAAUGACGUUUUAUCUAAGUAUUUAUCUACAAUUAAAAAAUUUGUUUUACUUGUUCAAAUUCCAUAUAAGUUACCUGUAUAUAUUAAUAUUAAAGAAGCUCUUAUUGAUAUGCAAAAAAAUCUUCAUACUCCAAUACCAUUUUCAUUAUCAAUUGAUUAUGAGUAUUAUAUGAUUCAUACAGAUAUUUAUCCUAAGAAGAAUUUUAAUUUAUCAUUAAAACCACCAAAUUUAAAUUUAUAUUCUAAUAAUUAUGAUCCAAUUAAUUGUGAUAUAAUCGAGAAAUAUUCAAAAGUAAACUCACUUGUUUUAGAUUGUAAUUCAAUUUUACCAUGUACUAUAUUAUCAAAAAAUAUUAAAUAUUUACAAAUACAAGGUUAUAAUGAUAAUUUAAAUCUUUCGAAAUCUCUUAAAUAUUGUUCAAAUCAACUUCUAUCAUUAAAAAUAUGUGGUUUACCCAAUGAUUUACCACAUAUGUCUAAUCUUCGACAAUUAACAAUUCAACAAAUUAUGUUUGAUUUAAAAAUGGUAUCGAAAUUAGAAUUUAUAUGUCCUCGUCUUGAAUUACUUACAAUUGAAAUUGAUUGUAUUAAACAAUUUGGAAACAUAUUAGAUCAACUUCGAUAUAAAUCUAACUUAACUGAACUUAAAUUUAUACGUGCCUUUUCGAGAGAUCCGAUACAAACAUGGUCAUCUUGGCUUAAUGAAAGAAAACAAAUAAUUCCUUCUGAUAAUAAUAUAGCCUACGAAGCAAAAAAUUCCUAUUUAUUCAUUUGGUUUUGA